UUUCAUUCACCACCCGGCCAAGGCUAUCAAAAAAACUCACCUAAUUCACUAGCGGUUCCUCAGCUGUACACGUAUCUCCACAUUUUCUGCUAUAAUAUCAAACUAGUAUUAGUAAUGAGGUCUGUUCCGGUAGAGCAUGCAUUGGUGUGAACUUCUAAUUGCAGACGACAGUUUCGUCAAGAGUAACCGGUGUAUUCUGGUCACGAAAUAAGCUGAGCUGUUGCUGUUCACAUUGAAUGUUGAUGCGUUUGGGAAGCUGCCGAAGGUUCAGUCUUUAAAGUUCAAGGAUGUCAGAGGAAUGUUUUAAUGGAUCCAGGAAGCAACAAGUGAUACAGUACAACAUCUGAGGAGCUAAGUUUUUGUCAUUUUUUUUUUAAAUCAAAACUUAUUCCUUACAUUCCCAAAAAAGUUUGUUUUCAGGUGAACUAAAAAAUUACUUGUAAACAAGGAUUAGUGACCAUGAGUUGGAAUUGAUGGAUGUAAUCUUAGAGGUGACUUAAGUGAGUCCAGGAAACCGUACGGUUGAUUGUAGACGACAUCCAUGGCAAGGAACAUGGGUCGCAACAGUAGACUCCACACCGUUGUGACGGUGUUCUUGACGGUGUGUAUCACCUAUUUUAUAAUCUCGGCAAACUGCCCGGGCGACCAGAACACGGCCGUCAUGUCGCCCAGAGAAUCCAAGCAUGCCAUGUACGACGAUAACAAAAAUGAGUAUCCAUACGAUACGAACAUGCCGCUUGUUUUUAUCGGUGGAAUGCCGCGCAGCGGCACAACACUAAUGCGGGCAAUGCUGGAUGCGCAUCCGGAGGUGAGAUGCGGGGAGGAAACGAGAGUCAUACCGAGGAUGUUGAGUAUGAGAGCUCAAUGGAUGAAGAGCACAAAAGAACACGGCCGACUACUAGAAGCGGGACUCACCGAUAACAUCAUUGACGAAGCGCUAGCGUUGUUUAUCCUAGAGAUAAUCGCUAAGCACGGUGAACCCGCCCGCCGGUUGUGCAACAAGGACCCGUUUGUGUUGAAAUCCAUGACCUACAUGCACAAAAUUUUCCCCAACGGUAAAUAUUUACUGAUGGUGCGCGAUGGACGCGCUACCGUUCACUCGAUUAUCUCACGUAAGGUCACCAUCACCGGGUUCGAUAUCACCAGUUAUAAGGACUGCUUGAAGAAGUGGAGCAUCGCCGUUGAGAAUAUGUACAACCAGUGCAUGCAAGUGGGAUCGGAUAUAUGCCUGCCGGUGUAUUAUGAGAAACUGGUUCUUCAUCCCGAGGAUUGGAUGAGGAAGAUCUUGACAUUCUUGAAUAUUCCUUGGGAUGAUAGUGUCUUGCAUCAUGAGGACACUGUAGGUAAACCUGGAGGAAUCUCACUCUCAAAGAGAGAGAAAUCAACGGACCAGGUGGUGAAGCCAGUCAACUUGGAAGCCCUGACCAAAUGGGUGGGUCAUAUCCCCAAAGAUGUCAUGGACAACAUCGAAACCCUAGCACCCAUGCUCAGCAAGCUAGGCUAUGACCCACACGCCAACCCCCCGAACUAUGGCAUCCCCGAUCAACGCGUCUUGGAGAAUGAGGAUAAGAUCCGCAAGAAUGCCGACCACUACAUGGAGAACGCCAGACUGGUCCUAGAUCGGCCGGACAAGAUUAAACCACCAGCUACUCCCAAACCUACCAGUAAAGACCUGACAAUGCGCAAAAUCAUGGACCAUCUUAAAAUAGGUCAGAAGGAAGAGCUGAAGGAAGAGCGGGAUAUGCAUAAACCUCUGAAUCCUAAGUUCGCACGGCGACAGGAAGCACCCUAUCCCGACAGAAGAUGAUGAGAUUGAAGUAAAGACAUUUCAUAAGUAUUACAUGAUUAUCAAAUAAAAAACAGGCCAACAUAUUUUUAUAAUGUGUGAAAAAAACUUGUGGUGCAAUAUAGUUUCUGUCAAGACAGAUUUGAAAUUUUAAUUAAGAAAAUCCACCCCCCCC